GUGGGGGGCGGCUGAGCGUCUGUGGGUCGAUCCCGCCCCCCGGGCCGGCCCUUCCCCGCUGCCCAAGCGUCCGUCAAGCUGCGGAAGAGGGGAGGCGGACGGACGGCGCGGGCGAAAGAGAAAGGCGCUCCGGUCCGGAGGGGAAAGAAAGAUACGAGGGAGCUCCUCGCGGGGAAACACUCCCGCCCCCCUCCCCACCCACACCUUCCUUACUCUCUUCAGUCCUUUUCUCUGGGAGUCGCCCAGCGAGGAGGAGAAGAAGCAAAAAAAGGAGUGGAGACGGGACUUUUCCACAGUGAAUGGACUCGCCGAAGGAGCGAACAUGGCCAGUGUCUCCUCCUUUGGCAAGUACACCCACGCCAUCGUCCGCUGCAUUCCUUCCUCCUUUGCCACAGCGGAGACCACAGCGGAUGGAUCUGACAGUGGGGCUGAUCCGGUGGACCUAGCCAAGGCUCACCGACAGUACGGGGUCUACACUGGCAUACUGCGCCAGAAGCUAGGGCUGCAAGUCAUUGAACUGGCGGCAGACGAGGGCUUCCCCUAUGCCACACUGGUGGGGGAUCUGGCAGUCAUCCAGGGAGAUACUGUGCUCCUCACUCGGCCAUGGAUGCCCACGCGGCGAGACGAGAUCAGCUGUGUCAGAAAGGUCUUGGAGGAGCUAAAACUUCGUGUGGUGGAAGUUACAGAUGAGGGAGCCACCCUGGAUGGAAGCGAUGUGCUCUUUACAGGUAGAGAAUUCUUUGUGGGUAUUUCCAAAUGGACCAAUCACAGAGGAGCAGAGAUGGUAGCUGAUGCUUUUAGAGAUUUUGCUGUGUCUACCGUUCCUGUCUCAGGCACAUUGCAUCUCCGCAGCUUCUGCAGCAUGGCGGGACCUGACACCGUUGUCAUUGGCAGCAGUGAAGUGGCCAAGAAAGCCAUGAAGACCAUGGAGCAAUUAACUGAUCACCACUACGAAACGCUGACAGUUCCUGAUGACCCAGCUGCUAAUUGUAUCUACGCUCGUCUGGGCCAGAAGAGUAGCGUUCUUUUGCAUCGCAGCACAGAUGAAUAUCCGAACAGCGUGCAACCUUUUCAGAAGCUUCCAGAUUACACCCUGAUCCCUGCGGCGUGCACAGAAGUAGCCAAACUUGGUGGUACUCUCAGUUCCUGCUCUCUUCUCAUCAACAAGAAGCUGGAGAUCUAGUGCCUAUGGAUCCACACAAAAAUACAGGUUCCCCCAGUUCCUGGAGCCCUUUCCUUGUUUUCUUCGUGCAGAGCAAUGUAGCUCUUCUUUUCUCCACUUCCCUAUGAAGCAGAGGGCCACUCUAAUUCCCAUGCCUGCUGAUUAGGUCACAUUUAAAUUUGGCAUCUGUUUCUUUUUUAAUUUACAUUGGACCUUCUCUCCCACCAAGUCAUACCUCUCUUUACUUUCUCUCUUUACCUUUUUUUUUUUAUGUUACCCUUUAGAAAGAUUUUUACUCUGGCAUAGAAAAGGGUUUAUAUCUCUUGCUCCCAAAACUUAAUAAAAGCUACACCAGGAAGCUUGGCCUUUCAACAAUUCAUCAGUAACUUCUAUUUUAAUAAGGUUCCCAAAUUUAAAGCCUACUUGGAUGAAUUAAGAUUAACACCACUUCUUCUUCUUCUUCUUCUUCUUCUUCUUCUUCUUCUUCUUCUUCUUCUUCUCCUUCUCCUCCUCCUCCUCCUCCUCCUCCUCCUCCUCCUCCUCCUCCUCCUCAAAGAGAGGAUUUUCUGGGACAAGAUUAUUGCAAUAGAUACUGAGAUAUAGUUGUGGGCAGCCUUUUUUUUUUUUUUUUGGAAAGAUCCUUAGGAGCUUUCAUUGUGAAAGCUCAUUGUGGAGCUUUCACCAUCCAAAAUGGUGGCCAAUAUAGGACCUUUGUUUUUCUCUCUUUCUAUAUCGUUAUAUUAGUUUUGGAGAAUAGAGGUAUUUUGUAGCCAAGGUCGGCUUGCGAUUGUUAUUGCAAAUGAUCUUUGACUGGCUUGGCAGACAGAUCAUCUUCCAUUGUUAGAGAACUGGAUAAUUCUAAUACCAUUGGUAUUGUGGAUUAGGAGGCAUCUCUAUAACCAGUAAUGGUGGAAAUCUAAUAAGUCUCAGUGGUGAUGAAGGUUCACAUGACCUUCAAUGCCUCUGAAAUGUUCUCAAAAGUAGCAGUAGAGGAGAAUAUCUGCAGCUCAGGGUUGAACUGAGGAAUCCUUGGUGUUCUCUGAGCUUGGUUGUUUCUUGCAGACAUUUCAUUACCUGACUAGGUUACGUCAUCAGAUGGGUAAUGAAACCUCUGCAAGCAAACAACCAAGCUCAGAGAGCAGCAAGAACUCCUCAACUUUGUAAAUGGUAUCUUAUAUCUCUGCUUAGCAUACUGUAUACCACGGUGCUUUAAUUUCGGGUUUCUGAGAGUGUAGAGUUAUUCUCCACUGUUUUCCCAGCUCACAACAGUUUCCUCAAUGCCACUUCUCUGCAAACUCACAAGACUAAAGUCAUCACCGAGGACACUUUUCCUUCAGCAGCACCACGUUAUGUAUUUGUGUAAUGUGGAUGAAGGAGAA